AUGACUGACUACAUUGGUUACACUGAUUACCCUGAUGCUCAAGAAUGGACAACAACACCAGCAGACUAUGGUGCUGAUGUGGAUGACGAGUCUCUUUCGGUUGGUGAGAUCUGUAACAGAAGCUGGGUGCGCAGCUUUCGAAGCUCUUAUGAGCCACCUCUCUACUGGAUCAUUACUGCCCUGGGUGCUGUUGGCAACUUGCUGGUGGUGUGGAUCUACGUAACUGUCCGCAAUCGCCUCAAGACCAUGACCGAUAUGUACCUGUUGAACCUGGCUGUGGCUGACCUGCUCUUCCUGUGCACUCUGCCCUUUUGGGCCACCGAUGCCACACAUGGCUGGAUCUUUGGCCUGAGCUUGUGCAAGGGCGUCUCUGCCGUCUAUAAGAUCAACUUCUUCGCCAGCAUGCUCCUGCUCACCUGCAUCAGCGUGGACCGUUACGUGGCCAUCGUCCGAGUUACCCAGGCUCAGAACUUCAAGAGCAAGAGGCUUUUCUACAGCAAAACGGCCUGUAUGAUUGUGUGGAUGGCAUCCGCUCUGCUAGCCCUGCCUGAGUUCCUGUUUGCCAAUGUGAAGGUCAGCUCCAGCAUUGGUUCCACCUGCUCCCUUGUCUACUCCAUCGGUAACGAUAACCACACCAAAGUGCUGGUGCUUACCCUGCAGAUCUGCGUGGGUUUCUGUCUGCCAUUGCUGGUCAUGGCUGCAUGCUAUUCUGUCAUCAUCCGCACCCUCAUACAGGCCCGUAACUUUGAAAAGCACAAAGCCUUGCGCGUGAUCUUUGCCGUGGUGGCAACAUUUGUCCUGUCCCAGUUGCCGUACAACGUACAUUUGAUGGUGGAGGCAGCGCAGGCAUAUAAUGCCACCAUGCUUUGUGGAGAAAUCAUGACCUUCGAUGUGACUGGACAAGUGGUGAAGAGUUUGGCCUAUACGCACUGCUGCCUCAACCCCAUCCUGUACGCCUUCAUCGGAGUGAGAUUCCGGAAGGAUCUCCUCAGGCUCUUCCACCGUCUGACUUGCGGUCUGGGAGGGACCGGGCUCAGCAAACAGUCAACCCCUCCCAAGCGGCCCUCGGUUAUGUCUGACACUGACACCACCCCGGCACUGUCCUUAUAA